AUGGAUGAAAGUGGAGAACACAGGAAGUUGCAACUACAAGAGUUAGAGAAAAUUCACAAUGAUGCCUACAAGAGUGCAAUGAUUUACAACGUAAAGACGAAGGCUUUUCACGACAAGAUGAUCUCUAGGAAGGAGUUUAAAAUUGGUCAAAAAGUCUUUCUAUACCAUUCACGGCUUUGUUUGUUUCCGGUUGAAAUUCAAAGUUUAGCACCUUUCAAAGUGUUCAAGGUGAAUGGCCAUAGACUUAAGACUUUCUAUGAAGGUUUUCAAGUAGAGAAUGUGGCAAAAUUGGACCUUGAGGAUCCGAUUUAUACUGAUUGA